AGAUUAAAUGUCAUCAUCACCUGGAGAGAGCUCACUUGCAAUUGUCAUUAUAUGUGUGAUGAGCAUUGUUGUGUGUAUACUUAUAUGCUCCUAUUGCAGAUGCUUGUGCAAGGUUGCCAAUUGCAGUCCUGGGUGUGGGUGUUCUAACUCAAGAAACGGGACCUCGAUAAACCAAACCAGUGUAGCAAACCUGAGAAGAAGAGAGUUGAAGAACGGACUUCCUAAAGUUCUAUAUGGACCUGAGCAGAGUGUUGAACCAGCUGUGAAAUAUUCAGUUUCAACUCCUGAUUUAAAAGUAGGCACUAAGGAGCCGAUGGACCAGGCGGAAGUAUGUAGAAGCCUAUCACAAACCCACUUUCCCGUUGAACAACCAGUGCCCAGUAAACCUUCAGAAUCACUGCUAAGCGUACCAGGACUUUCAGUAAAGAACCAUCUAAGCUUGGACGUCAGGAGGAAUUCCACUGCAUCCGUUCUCAGCUCAUGGCGGGACAAUAUCAACGAUUGAUUAAUUGAUUGAUUGAUUGAUUGAUUGAUUGGAAAAACUAUAUAUUGUAUCAAUGUCCCAUUGUCUAUCAUAAGGAAGAAUAUGAUGAGGAUCUCUAAAAGCUACAAAUGCAGGAUGUGCGAAGAAACAAACUAAUUUUUGUUUAAAACAAGUUUUAAGUGGCCCAAAAAUAUUGUUUAAAAAUAUUAAUUUUCUUGUAACU